CUUGGGGCGCGCGGCGCCCGGACUAAAAUCGCCGCGGCGACGUGUCAUGAAUUAGUGGUAGGCGGCGAGGUGCUGGGGCCACGUCCGGCGCGAGACGGCGAGGACCGCCUCGAGGUCGAUGGUUGUCGCGCGGCCGAGGCGCCGGUCGUCGUCGCCCGCGAAGAUGAGGCUCAGGAACGAGCGGCCCAGGGCCUGGGCGCCGAACUUGUUCAUUGGCUGUUGCUGGCGCUAGGGCACCAAAUCCGGGUCGUUUGGCGCCGC